CCUCCGACACCUCACCGUCAGAGGUGGCGCGCCGGCGCGUGGCCGCCCGCCCGCUGCCGGCCGCCGCCCGCCACCGACGAGCUGACCCGCGAGCUGCUGGCGCGCGGUCAGCAGCUGCGACAGGGCAUGGCGCGCCUGAUUGCCCGACAGAUGGACCGCUCGGGCUCGGUGACACCGCCCGACAGCGAACUGGAGGCCCGGCUGGCGCACAUGGGAGUCGGCUGGGAGACGGCGCAGAGGCCGGCCGGCCCGGCGGACCACCCGUCCGUGUCGGUGGGCUGCGGACCGGGGACCGCUGCCCGGACCAGCCUGGUCUCCCGGCCGCGCACGGCCUUCACACUGCCGUCCGAGAGCUCCACCUCUGGCGCGGCGGCGGCCACCUCCCGCAGUACCGUGCCGCCGCUCGACCUGCCCUCUUCCCUGCUGUCCGCGCCGACCGGACCGGCCCGACGGCCCGCCGCGCCACCACAGAACACCGGGCGGCCGGCGCACAGACAGACCAAGCCGGCGAAUGUCGUGGACCGCCUGCCGCUGCUGCGCAAGGCUUCCUUCCUGCGCGUCUCUGUCGACUCGCUGUCGUUCGACCCGGUGUUCGUGCGGUCCGUGUCCUCUGCGCCGGACGCGGCCGACACGCGGGUCUACCUGGAGUACGAGCUACCGCUGGAGACGAGCGCCUCGGCCCGGCGCAGCACGCGGCUCGGAGGGAAGAAAAUCGCCACAGAGACGGCGCUGAACCACCGCUCGGUGAUCCCUCUGCGUCUGACGGCGGCCGGCGUGCGGCUCUGGCAGGCCUCUGAGCUGCAGCUGACCGCGCUGGGCCAGGCCGGCGGCCGCUGCUGGACGCUGGCCGUGGCCGCGCUGCCGCUGCGCCAGCUGCUGCGCCAGCCGCGGCUCGCCCUCAGCCGCCGCCUUCCGCUGACGCUGCGCGCCGCUGGACGGCCGCUGGUCGGUCAUGUCGGAGUCCGGCUGGAGCUGGGAUCCGAUAGGGACGACUUCCCGGCGGCUCUGGCGGCUGGGGAGAAGGGCAAACGGCGCCGGAGGACGCGGAGGAAAGGACCGACCACCGGCGGAGGGUCUGGAUCUGAUGAGGACGGCCUUGAGGACGGCCUUGAGGACGAACUACAGGACGAUCAGGACGAUCAGAGCAGUGAGGACGAGGAGCGGGAGACGGAGAGCGGGCCCGUCUCCCAGGAGGAGGACCGCAGGGUGCGGACCGAGCCGUGCCUGACGUCGGACGCCGAGAGGGAGCCGGCAGAGGUGCCGCCGCCAACGUCCGAACGCAGCGCCGCCGCCGACGCCAGCUCCAAGGUGCGCCUGGUGCACUGGGCUGUACGAGUGGGACGCGGUACGCCGGCCCAGCCCGGCGCCCUCCGUAACACCUACUUGGUCGUGCGCGCGCCGUGGCUGCAGCGGGCGGCCACUUCCGUCACCUGCUGGGGCGAGGAGGAGCCCAACUAUGACUACACGCUGAUCUCUCCGGUGCUGCUGACAGCGCCUCUGGUGGCGCGUCUGCACAACAAUCUGCUGGUGGUGGAGGUCUGGCAGCGCUCACAGGCGCCCGGCCAGGACCGGCUGGUGGGGCUCAGCCGGCUGCCGCUGGAGAGACUCUACCUGACCUUCAGCCAGCCGGACGUCACGGACACCGUGCUGCAGAUGAAGUCUCCUGUGCUGGUGCACGAGGGCCGCGUGUCGGUCACGAACCCGGACUCGAGUCCGGCGCAGCUGGAGCUGACACUGGCGGCCGGCACGCAGCAGCAGGUGGACGCCUGGAUGGCGCCGCAGAGACGACGGAGCAGAGCACACCAGGAGUCGUCGGCGCCGCGCAGCAGCGACUGCACCAUGAAACUCACCCUGGGACGGCUGCUGCACGUGCCCGAAAUCAACGAGGCCAAGAGUGGCGAGGUGGACUGUUUUGUGCAGUACACGUGGCCCGUACAGGACGACUCUGGUGAGCUGCGUCUGCGCAGCUUCACCACCGAGCCCGCCAUCAGCCGGGUGAACCCGCCGCUGGCUCACACCGCCACACACCGGUACCGGGCGCCGGCCAGCAGCCACCUGGCCGACGCGUUUGUGGCGGCCUGCGCGCCCGACGCCGGCGCGCGCUGGGACGUGGUGGUGCGCACCUUCUACCCAGCCGUCCGCGACACAGUCAUCGCCAGGGGUGUGCUGAGCUCGUCUCAGAUAUUCGGCCUGGUGGAGGCGUGUCGUGAGGACGGCCGCCAGAGCCGCCGGUUCGCCGUGCCGCUGCAACUGCUGUCGGGCGGCGAGGACCCGGCCCACCCCUCCCUGGAGGUCUCCCUGACCGUGGAGACGGCGCCGUCCGCCCCCGGCAGCCGCACAGAGCUCACCACCACCUCCAGCAGCGGGGAGACCGACACCACCGUCCGACCCACCAAUCAGCUGCCCACCUGGACCGACGUCAUCGCCGGGCGGACCAAUCAGGCGCGCGGAGCGGCCGGGCCGCGGACGGCCGACCUGCCGCGGGUCGGGGCGGCUGAGGGGAGGUUCGAACCGGACCCGGCUAGUGAGGCCGAGCUGCUGAGGCCGGUCCGGGAGGUUCCGGUCACCCGGCGCCACACCUGGGUCUGUGGCGAGACGGCGGGGGAGGGAGGGUGGGCGGCGCGGCCCGGCCGCUCCCCGGUCCGUGUCACCCGUGAGGAGGGCAGUCAGACGGACCUCGACUCGCAGCCGGCCGUCUCACAGGAGGCGCUCGCCGAGUCAGAUGACUCUCCGCCGGUGUCUCAGGCUGGCGACCCUCGGCCGGCUGAGUCCCGCUCGGCUGACUCUCGACCGGCAGAGGAGGCGGCGGGUGGCUCGCGGCCGGACGGCGCUAGCGGCAGCUCGGAGGAGUCUGCCGGCCACCAGAGCGGCGCUGAACACUCCGACGAGGCCGACUCUCAGCCAUCCUCGGAGUCGGAGAUGCUCCGCCGACUGCGGCGGCCUCUAGGACCGCCCUCAUCCGAACGGCCGACCGCUGAGGCUCCCGUCCCUGAGAGCCGCACUGCCACCGACCGAGCCGACAUUCUGUCUGACAUUGAGCGGGAUCUGGAGCGACUGAGACGGACCGGGUCCAUAUUCAGCGGGCAGCGCCGGGCCGAGGGACCUGUGGAUGAUACAACUCAGACGGAUGAUGUGGCGGAGCCCGCGGGGAGGUGGCGGCGGCUCCAACGCGGGCCGACUGAGGCGGCGCCGGUCCCGGUGGAGCGGGGCGGCGGCGGUGACGCGGCGGCUCGCAGACGGUCGUGGGCGCCCCCAGUGGCGGCAGCGGCCGACUGCAGGUCCGAGUACGCUGACGUGCCGCUACUGGAACCGAACGCGAUGUCCAAGGGACGGGAGGAGAGGGAACAUCAGGUGCUGCACGUCAGGACUGAAACCGGGGUCGGGGCGGAACGGGCUCAGAUUCGGUCGUCUCCUGGCGGGAAUGGAAUGAGGGGGAGUGCGGCAGUUCCGUCCUCCGAAUCAGUCACACCAGCCACAAGAACAGCGUCUUCAAUGGAGAACGCGCCGACGUCAAACGGCCGAACCAUCCCCGCCUCUCAGCCCGCACCGCUGGCACCCUCACGCGGCGGCCAUUCAUCCUCGUCCGCCGCUGCGCCCGCCCGCGCUACCUCGUCUGCCAGUCACCCGGGCAGCAGCGCUGACUCGUGGGUGAGCGCGGUGACCCCUGCCACCCGACCGGCCUCCUCUCUGGCCGGCCCGGUGUCCCCCGGCUCUGUGCCUCCGUCAGUGACUGAGGCCCCGCGGGCGCCGGCGGCCGGCGGGGACGCGGACGGCGAGGGGGCGUUCCGCGCCCAGCUUACGGUGGUCGAGGCUCUCCACCUGCCGCGGAUCGUGCGCGGUGAGAAGCGCGAGCAGCCGCGUGUGCUGGUGAGCGUGCAGACGGCGGCGGGCGUGGUGGCGUCGCCGCUGCAGACGGGCACCCGGCCCCGCUGGAACUGGAGUCAGACGGUGUGGAUCGGCCGGGAGCUGCUGCAGCAGGAGUUUCACUACCUGGUGCUGAAGGUAUGGCACCGCAGCGGCUCGGGCCGGGACCGGGUGCUGGGCCUGGUGCUGAUCGACCUCGUACCGCUGCUGCACGGACUGAACGAACUGCUGGGCUGGUACAACAUCGUCGACCUGGCCGGCGUCUGCCGCGGACAGAUGAAGCUGAGUCUCCGGCCCCUGGACGACGUCCCCUGUGUGGAGCGGGAGAGUCUCGACCUGUCCGUAUCCCUGGACGAUCCUGACCGCGCCUCGUACGUAACCACGUCCUGCCACUCCUCGUUCCCCUCCCAUCUGACCCGCUACCCCGAGCUGGCCAUCCGGGCCGUCAACAGGGCACACCACACGCGGGACUCGCCUCUGGACAUGUCCCCGGGCCGCGACAGGCUCGGCCCGGGUCCGUCCGGUCACGGCUCUGGCGCUGAGCCCGUGUCGGACGGGGCGCGGCCGGGGGGAGCCGCGGACCCGCUAUCGGACCAGCUGCUGGACCAGCUGCUGCCCUCGGUGGACGAGUGUCAGCUGAUGGACGGCACGAGAUCCUUCCUGGUCUCAGUUCUCAGGAAGAACCUGGAUGACCUGGACUCGCUGAGGGCGGGUCUGCUGAGCCGCGUGGAGCCCGACUGGACCAGUCUGCUGCCGACUCUCACGAACCGCUCCGUCCCGCCCGGCCCCGCCUCAGCCGACCGCUCCGGAUGCAGCUCGCGCGCCGGUCAGGUGAGGUCGCGCUCACCCCACACCGCCUCCGGUCAGGGUCGCGCCAGGAGAGCCUCCGAGCCGGAGUCUCAGAGCCGUGUCGACUCGCGGACUUACACCUCACUGACGAACGGAGACCGCUGGGACUCGGGCUCGGCAGGGACAUCUGUCGGCGGUACGGAGAACCGUCAGUUGGGGGACGGUCCGGCGCGACUGCAGCGCCGCGGCGAUCCGACCGAUAGCUUUGUGUACGUGCGGGCUAUGAAUGAUGUCUCCUCGGGUAACCACGCCAGUGAGGUGUUCUGCCACCGACGGGAGGUGCGUGGCGGGCCGACCGAGGGCUCCCAGGUCUCCUCCGCCCCCGUGGGCCGCGUGUUCAGCGAGCAGGAGACCGCCGAGCUGCGGCGCCGCGGCUCCGGCGCCUCGGGCACCAGCGGGGGUGGAGAGCUGCCCUCCUCUGUCGUGGAGCUGAUUGAGACGGCCGUGCGCCGCAGCGCCGAGGUGCCCGACCCGCCGGCGGCCGCUUCUAGUGACUCUGACUCUCUGCCGUUCGGCGACAACCUCCGCUCUCUGAACGACACGAGUGAGUCGGAGCGGGGCGGCGCGUCGGCCCCGUCCCAGGCCGAGCUGUUUCUCAGUAUCCUGCAGGAGAUGGAGGCGCGGGACGGCGGCGGGGGACCGCGAGCCGGGACGGCCGCCCGACGAGGCCGCUGUGGCGCUGGGAGCUAUCCUGGCGCGGGACAUGGGCCGGCUGACGGCGGCGGUGGGGAGGCCGGGGGACGGCGGGGAUUAUAGUUCUCCCCUGGAGCCGCCCGCGGGGCACCGGACGGAGACCUCCCCUGUACCACUGGACCCCGGUCACAGCCGGGACACGGGCAGUGGCCGGCCGGCCGAGCCGCCGGCGCCGGGGGGCGCGGGACGCUGCGAGCGGCCGCCGCAGCUGCUCUCCUGGAGGGAGGAUAUUGCCGGGGACGGGAGACGCUCGGCACGGAGACGCCGGCUGGCCGCCGCGCUCGACAUGCGGUGAGAGCAGUCAGCGAGGCGGAUCGGAGAUGUGCACAGACGGCGGCCGGGCAUGUGGUUUCCGUGAGUGCUAGGCGUGUGUAUUCAGUAUUGGCAGUGAAAGUCUAAAUGGCCUGAGUGUGGGUUGUUGCUCGUUAGGGUAGUUGGUUUGAGACGUGUCUGUUAUGCUAGUGGUCUGUUGUUCUUUACGGUAGGAUCGGUAAUUAGCUGACCUACGGGAGACGGCAUUACCAACUCAUGUGUACCUCAUAGGAACUAGAUGUGCUGAGAAGACGUUGGGCUGAUAAUAUUAUCAAGUAAAUCUCGUCAGCACUGUGUGUUUGACAGCGUGGCUUGAGCGUGGUCACAGCGGUUUGUCGCUGUUACGUGUCCGAAUUUUAUAACGCUUCAAUAACAGGUACGCGUGAAAUCGCAUGUAUUCGUAACAUUCACUGCCAACUGUCCAAAGAGUGUGUUUUUAAACGGCGUGGGUAUUGCACAAACAUGUUGACGCUGUCAAAUGGCAAAACAAAUGGUGUUAGAGUUAUUGCAAUAGGGUAGGUUAUUUCUGUCAUACCGUUUGUUCAGUUGUGUUUGUCCAUUUUCAUGUUGUAUGGUAAUAAACAUCGCAUCUUAACCUCAA